GGAAAAGCACCCCGACCACCAAGAUGGGCGACGCCUAUGAACGUGAACAACAAAACGACGCCUUCCUUAAAUCCCUCGCUACGAAAGCCUCCAUCUUGAAAUCCGUCACCAUCGAUAUCCACGAUAAUGCCAGGGAUCAGGAAACGUUGGAUCAUUCGAACCAAGUCUUCUCCUCCCUCUCCACGGGCCUGAAAGGCAGCGCAAGCCGCCUAACUCGCAUGGCACGGCAGGGCGAUACGGUGGCGGUGCUGAAAGUCGCGGGCAUUGUGGUCUGCGUCGGGGUGGCGCUUUGGGUUAUUCUGGGGUGGAUCUUUUGA